CGGCCACGUCUCUCCAACCUCUGGACCCCCAGCACACGAGUGGUGGCACAUCUCAGUCCUUGCACAAGACCAUUGGAUCGAGAGAGAGCAAGCAAACACAAGAACUACUCGCCGAAGAGAGAGAAAGCUUUGCUAGGCAGGGCAGAAUCAAUGGCAGCAACAGCUACACUCGCUGCUCCAUCCUUCCUCCUGAGCAGCAGCAGCCACCUGAAGAAGCUCUCUCCAUCCCUGCAGCUGCCAAGAACCCGGUCUGUCAGAGUUAGAGCUGCGAAGCUGCCUGCAGGGGUUGAGGUGCCCAGGGAGCAGCCGAAGCUGAGUGAGCCCUUCCUGGGGUUCACCAAGACUGCAGAGGUGUGGAACUCCAGGGCCUGCAUGAUUGGCCUCAUUGGCACCUUCAUCGUAGAGCUGGCGCUGAACAAGGGCAUUCUUCAGAUGAUUGGUGUAGAGGUCGGGAAGGGACUCGAUAUUCCUCUUUAAAUGCUAUAUAUUUUGUAUCAUACAUAUUAUGAGAUUUAUGCAGUGAAAUUAUUAUAAAACCGAGGGCUUUUACUUCUGUGUA